AUGGAGUUCUCUCAUCAGCAUUCUGCCAACAUUUCUUCUUCUCUUUCUUCUCCGCCAGUCCCUUUCUGGUGGCAGCCAUCGCAGCAUGCCCAUUUCAAUGGCUUCUGGUUCCCGGGCUCCGACAACCUCAGACGAACCUUGAAAGUGGUCGAGAACUUUAAACCUCAGUCGCGUGAUGUCAUCCUGGCUUCGUUCCCUAAAACCGGCACGACAUGGCUGAAAUCCCUCCUCUAUUCCAUCACCCAUUCUUCUUCCCUCGACUCCUUGAACGACAACCACCCCCAUUUGCUCGUCCCCUCGCUGGAGUUACUGGUUUUCGCGACCAACCAGCCGGAAAACGAAACCGGGGGUACCAGAAUCUUUAACACGCACAUACCGUACCAGGUUUUGUCGGGCAACUUAAACUCCUCGGACUGUAAGGUGGUGUACGUGACGAGGAACCCGAAGGACACGGUGGUUUCGCUGUUCCAUUACGUGAAGAAGUCGGAGAAGUUCGAGGAAGCGCCGUGGACGGUGGAGGAAGCGGCGGACCAGUUCUGCAAGGGCGUUGUCCCUUACGGGCCGUACUACGAGCACGUGUUGGGGUACAGAAAGGAGAGCAUGGAGAAUCCCAAGAAAGUGUUCUUCGUGACGUACGAGGAGCUGAAGGGGGAUCCCAACACGCACGUGAAGAGGUUGGCGGAGUUUUUAGGGUGUCCGGUGGGGGAGGAGGCGGUGGAGGAGAUUGUGCGGCGGUGCAGCUUUGGAGAGCUGAGCAACGCGGCGGUGAACAAGUCCGGCGACAUGUUCACCUGGCUUGGAUUGCCUAAUAAUUUGUUUUUUAGGAAGGGUGAAGUUGGGGACUAUGCAAACUUUCUCACGCCGGAGACGAUCCGCCGGAUUGAUGAUCUUACGGUUGACAAGUUCCAUAAAGCUGGUUUUAUGUAUGGGAUAUGA